GUUGUCCGUAAGUGGUAACACUGUUUUUACUUGUCGUGAAUAAAUUGACUACACACAUUGGGCUAUUUUGUUCCAAAGUAAUUUCGUAUAAAGGAAUUAUUUGAAAAAAGAUUUUUAUAGUAAAAUCAUUUAACAUGAUUAUCACCGCGGUUUGCAGAGUUUAAAUGUGUGGUUUAAAUUUUACUGUGACUUAGUAAGAAGAAAUUACAGGCUGAGCCAAAGUAAGAAAAAGUGUAAAGGAAUAGAAAGAUAAACUAUAAAGUAGAGUGACAGGAACGACGACUAUCAACAGCGCAAGCAGACCAAAAAGAAUAGAGUGCGAAAUAACGAGCUGCAAGUAAGGCCCAGUACAUUUGAACGAGUAACGAGUUGCCACCGUAGAAUCAAGUGCCAAUGUGUGGUGCGACCUUCUGGCCUCAGGCUAUCUUAAGCCAAAUAUUGAAUUUUAAUAAUUGUGCAUAAAAUAUAAAAUAUAGCAAUAUAACAAUAACAGAAAGGAUAAUAAGAAAUAGUUGCGCGAUCAGGACGCUGUCGCAGGCAGCACCACAAUUUCGCGCCUCUGUAUUUAAUGCAGAUUUGCACUGUCGUGCAACUAUACAAAUAUAUAUCAAAAAGACGAAUUUUAUAAGAAAAAGGAGAAAAGAGAACGUUGUAACAGAUUUUCACUUCGUUGAUGCGGGACAGUAAAUGUAUCAGCGGAAAUGAUUUGUAAAAAGGACGUUAUCCAAUGGUUUAAAGAACUCGAGAGCUAUAAAAGGAUUGACACUAUGUGUACAUUGCUCAACAUGUGUCUGCCAUUUGAGUUACGGUUCUUAGGGACAUGUCUAGAAGAGUUGGGCCGGCGAGAUUCGCAGGAAUUGCGCGGCAUGGAGUUGAGGGUGAAUAAUCCUCAAGAUUUGGCGACUGAUAUGGUUGCGUGUCAAAAAGGAGAACCAACUGAUAAGAAAAUACGAAGAAAAAUGGCGCUCUAUUUAGCAUUAAUCAGAGCUUGUAAUCGUACCUGCGUGACGGAGAUAUUUCGAACAUUGGAUGGUUGGGGUGACCGAGACUUUCUAUGUAUGAAUGACUCAGAUACUUUACAGGAGCUUCUAUUAGUUUAUACUAUGGCUGCGAAUCAUCCUGUUUUUUCAUUUGAUCAACAAUGCAAAUGCACUCAAAUAUUCGAAAAGAUUAAAGAGAAUAAGUUGGUUAUCGAUUUCCAGUCGCAGCAACCGCAACCGCAAAAUCUUGACCAAACGCUAGUUCAUACUCAACAUCAGCAGGAGCAGCGUCAGCAUUUGCCUCCGUCCCACCAGGAAAUUCCACAACAUGUUCUACAUGCAAUGCAUAUCCCUGGGCAACCACAUCCACAGAUAUUAACGCCCGUCAACAUUAUGCCACACAUACCGAUGACAUUUCCACAGGGUCUUCAUAAGAUAAUUCAGGCAGAUGGAACAAUGCAACAUCCCGUUCCUGUUGAUCCUCAUAUGAUUUCCUUAAAUGUCAUUCCAACUGAGUCGAAUCCUAUUUUUCAACCAACAUGGCAACGGAUGUACCCCCAAACUGUUGAGCAUCCUCCUCAGUCAGCGUCGCCAAUGCUUAGCCAACAAUCUUCUCCUUCAAGUAGCCGAACAACAAGCCCCAGUAGAAAUUCAAGUAACAACAUGAUGCAGCCUGGCAUGCAGUUGCCAUCAAGAAAUAUCCCACAAAGGAUGAGUGCAUCGUUGAAGAAUGUCAGACGUCCUUCGGCUGAAACUACACCGCCACCGAUGGGCCAACAACAGCAUCAGCAAAUGAUUCAUGACAUUAAUAUGACAUCGAAUGUAAAGAAUAUGGACGAUAGCAUUAUAAGUAACGACGGCACGGGAAAUCCUCUACAGACGCUAAUUCGUAAUGGCUAUCCACGUAGGCAUAAGGCGGGAAGUUAUACGCCUUUGAUUCAUCAGCAGCAGCAACAACUAUCAGUUAAUCCACACUUUCAGCCGGUUACAAAUUUUUCCGCUCUGGCUUAUUCAAUGCAAAAUAUGUCAAUGUCGGAUGGAUCUGGUAGCGGGUUGGAUACCACAUUGGUUCCGGGAUCAAUGAAUUCGAAUAAAAGUGCUGGCAGUGAUACUGGUAGUUCUAAUGGUUCAUGUGGUGAUGUUUCACCACCAGAAACGCCAACGCUUUCUAGUGCAUCAAAUGUGCCGGGCCUCCGAUUAGGUGGUGAAACUCAGCUUCAGAAGCAUCAGCAGCAUGGUUAUAACAAACAGGCGGGGAAUACAAGGCUUAAUGGCCGCUCGGACAAAUUAAUUUCGGCGAAUGUUGUCAUAAAUACGGUUAGCACGGCUACUAGUGGAAUGUAUACAUCACCUAUGCUGAAUACGCAUCCAGCGCUGACGCCACAGUCACAGCCGAUGUAUGGUACUGAAAUAAUUUUGGCACCUGGCGGUAAUGCUGGUGCCGGUAUUGGACUAAUGCAAACUUCAUUGGCCAAUAAUAAUAACAGUGGUGUUGGAAAUAGUAUUGCAGUUGUGAAUACGACUUCAAAUAUGGGUUCCAGCAACAAUAACAUAGCAAAUAAUCCUGUAUUAAUGAGUUCGCCUUCGGCGGGUAUAGCUGGUGGUGGUGGAGGUGGCAUCAUUACUAAUAUAACACCGAACCCCGUUAUCCUGCCGUCACCGCAUCAGCAAUACAACACUACCUACCCAUAUCAUGCAGCGCCUACUGCACAACAUCAACGAUUGAUGAGCCAUACCGGCGGUCCUGCGCCACCUCCUCUUCGUCUAAUGCCGAAUGAGCAUAUAUAUUCAUAUUAUCCCAUCCCAGGUGGCGCACCACCGGGGGCGCCACCAGUAACAUUGCGCCCCACUAACCCCGUGCCGCCCAAUACAAAUGUUACGUCGUGUGUUACGGGAGUACUGCAAGUGCAACAGCAACAGCCGGCUACGCAGGCGUUGCAGACUAAUGCAGCUGUUGUGCCAGGUCCAACGAUACUGACUGGAACGCCGUACAGUACGCAGGCAGCACCGAUUGCUAAUAAUAAACACUUAUCUUGUUACAAUUGUGGUUCGCAAAGUCAUAGCGGGCCUGAUUGUCAAGAAGCGUCCAUGGAGGAUGUAACCCGCAGCGCAAUUUACAAAUUGGACUAUUCCGGCUCAUCGAGUGCAUCACCAACUGUUUCAACCGGUGCAAACAGUGUUGCCGUAGGAAGUGUUGGUGGUGGUGGUGGCGGUGGUGUUGUUAUAACGGACUCACUGCAAAUUCAACAUCACCCGCAACAACAACAGCACCAUCAAAAGCAACACGCAGUGGAAGUAAGUGGUUCCAGUAUAGUCGGAUCACAGUCCAGUGCGACUACAUUACAUUCGUCCACACCCGCCGUCAGUGCAGUAAAUACAAAGUGAAGAUAGCAGCAAUUUUUGAGUGCGGUGUUUAAAAACUGAAAACGUAUACUCGGUAUAAAUGUCUGUAUGUGUUACGCAAGCUUAACUAUUCUCACUCGAAAUCGGUUAGUAAAGUGAUAUGACGGCGGGCUGGAAGACAAACUGAAAAUAUAUAGAGUAAUGGUAGUUGAGACUUGCCAGCUCUUUGCUGAGCUUGCAGUAUAGAGAUUUAUACAGUUAUGAUUGGCGGAAAUCAAAUUUCACGCUUUUUUUAGCGAAUAAGGUUUAAAAUUAGUGAAACUUUUUAAUAACAAAUGAUUAAUAUAUACAUAUUUGAAUGUUAAAUAAGACUUAAUUAAUUAUCAAGUAACAAAAAACAUCCGAAACCGAGAUAUACAACUCAAAAUGUUUGCUAUUUAAAUGUGGUAACUUUAUAGCAAGCUAAAUAUACGGAUAUAGAAAUGCGAACAAAAUGUAGUAAAAUACUCGGCUAAAUGUCCACGUGAAAGUAAUCUAGCCUGCAAUAUACCAGGGGAACUGCACCCCCCUACAAAACGAUAGCACAUUAACAUUUUGACCAGUUUUGAUUAUUUUUUGCUUGUUUUGAAUAUAAUCGCCAUGAAUGGAUUUUUAUAAAAGUGUAGCUGACAAACAAAAAUCAUAUUAAUCCAAUUAUCAAAUUUUAUACACAAAGUAGAAAAAUUCACCGUCGCCAACAUGCAAAGGUUCAAACAUUUUAGACAAAAUCUUUCUCUCAAACACUCCAAGGGACACCGUUGUCCAAGUUUCUGCGCCAUACAAGGGAUUUAUCAACCAUUAGUUCUGUUCGUCGAGAGAGGACUUUAAAUUGCCUACUUAGUCCAGAGAAGCACUUGUUGUCAAGAGAGAGAUUCCCCGUUAGAUUUCAGGCCUGACAUUUUUAACGGCGUUAAUACUGGUUCAUAAAUAAACGAAGACGCCCGUCGUAGCCGAAUGGGUUGGUGCGUGACUUCCAUUCGGGAGUGCGCAUGUUUGACUCUCCGUGGAUUAACAUCAAAUAAUAUAAAACGCUCUUUCCAAUAGCGGUCGGCCCUCAACAGGCAAUGUCAAGCCUCCGAGUGUAUUUCUGUCAUGAAAAAGCUCCUGAUGAAAACCGUUUGCCGUUCGGAGUCGGCCUAAAACUGUAAGUCCCUCCAUUUGUGAAACAACAUCAAGAUGCACACCACAAAUAGGAGGAGGAGCUCGAAGAAAUACCUAACAGAAGUGUACGCGCCAAUUAUUUACUUUAAUUUUAAUUAAGCGAAGUCUUUUACUACUUCAAAACUAUAAGUGCCAACAGUGAAGUGGGUGCCGAGUGCGUCGAAGGCUUGUUUGAUGACAGGAGCUACUUUGUUUUGCCCUCGCUCAGUACCAGAUCCAUUCCCUUUACUUCUUUUUCCAUCUUAGAAAACGCAGACUUAACAGUACGGUUUUAAAGGCCAAUGACGUGAAUAUAAUAUAAUAUUUUCUAGCAACAGGUUAAAGAAGUCACACGACAGAGAGUCACUUUGUCUGAAACCUCGUUUGGUAGCAAAUGGACCGGAGAGGUCUUUCCCCAUUACGAAGGAGUUGCUGGUAUUACUCAACGCCAUUUUGCACAACCGUAUUUGUUUUGCGGGGAUACCAGCUUAAGACAUCGCCGCUUAUAGCCUAUACUGUUUUUCGUGCUGUCAAAUGUGGCUUUAAAAUAGACGAAAAAAUGGUGUGCGUUGAUUUUCCUUUCAUGGGUCCUUACAAAGAUUUUACGUAUUGUCGAUAUCUGGUUAGAAAAUAAUGAGCAUAAAAGGAAAAAGUAGUAGUCAAAUCUGCGGAAAAUAUUUAUGUGCUAUUGUUUGCCGCGGUCUGUGUACUUCCCGAAUUGCAUUGCUUUUAGUAUAUUUGAUUACGAAUUAAUAUUUAUUCCUAGAAUAUUUGCAGCGCAAGUAAGUUCAGAAACAAAUGUAUAAUUUUAAAAAUAAUAUAGAGCUGGUUCUAUAUUUAUUUAUUUUGCGCCAGUAAGCAUCCGAAUUAUGCAGGUAGUAAACUUGAGUUUAUAUAGCUUGCCAUAUUCAAAAUUCAUUUGUAAUUUUCAUUUGCUUAUUGUGUAAAAUGCUUGCGGUUAGCUCAGCAUGUGACAAAACUUAUUAGUCAAAUGUUCGUAAAAUGACUGCAUUCAAAUACUUCGUUCGCAUUACUAUAACUGUAUAAAAUGAAGAGUACACAUACUAUGGCGCUAUGUCGCAAUUAGUAUAUGCACUCUGUGCCAUGCAUCGGGCAACUUUCGGCGAUGAAUAUGACAUCUCGAUCGGAUGGGAUUCGGAUGAAUUUGGAGAUGAAUCAAAUUAGGAGUUAAUAAUUUGUGUUUACAGUAGUCACAUUCUUCUAUGUAGUAUAUAUAAAUAUAUAUUUAAGUAAAAAAUAAUUAUUGUUAACUGAAGGAUAUGAAAAAGAAAUAAAAAUAGGAUAUAAAAAAAGUAGAUGCAGGAGAGUAAUGAGAACCCUUUAUAUUAAAUAUGCAUAUAUGAGUAUAUAUAUAAUCAAAUACAUUAUUAAUUAUAGAUAUUUCUAAAUAUGUACACAUUGCUGGAUAGAGAUAGAGAUAUCUAUAUACAUACUUACAUACAUAUAUGAAUAAUCGUAGAAAAUGGUAAAACGGAAAUACUGGAGCCGAAAUUGAGCAAAUACGACAGCAAACGAUUCUUAGUGCAUAUGUAUGUGCGUUUUGAAGUAGCAAGAUCAAAAUUGUGAUCAAGUUGUUAUAAUUAUUGGCACUAUGACGCUGUAGUAUUUCUAUAGGAAAGUCAAGUCAAUAGUCAAGCACGACACGGAUCAGAUUAACAAGGAUCAACUGCAUUUGCAUCUACAUAAAAGUAUAUAUACUCAUACUUACAUUCGCACAGAUUUAGCAGUCGGGUAAAUUAUUACUAUAUACAAAUAUGUUUAAUCUGUAAAUGUAAAUCACUCUGCUGCUUCAACUUGAACAAAGCUAAUUAUUCUUGAUUACUUCUUUUAACAAAUGUUAUUAAUAUCCUACUUUCGAAAUUUUAAGCCGUCUACUUUAUAUUCGUAAAUUACUUGGUUAAUUAAUUUAAUUAUUAAAUUGUAUGUACAUACAUAUAUAAGAUUAAAUAUAAUGGACAAUGAACUAAA